ACUCCGCGACGCUCAAGCGGUGGUAAACUAGAAACGAACGUGACUCUGGGAAAGUCGCCGUUCAGAAGUGGAUAACUGUGUUUAUCUGAUAAUUAUUCGACAGCGAGAACAUCGGGUUUAUUAUUUUUAGUCCAAAAUGAGUUCGUCAAUGCCGCAGAAGCGCUACUACAGACAGAGAGCCCAUUCAAACCCGAUGGCACACCACACGUUUGAUUAUCCUGUGUGUCCUGAGGAGAUGGACUGGUCCACGCUGUAUCCAGACUACUUUAGUGGAAGCCAGCCUGAGGAACAGGCCCACAGAGUGGAGUUUGCAGACAUCGGAUGUGGAUACGGGGGGCUUUUAGUGGAGUUAUCGCCACUUUUCCCAGAUAAACUCAUGCUGGGUUUGGAGAUCCGGGUGAAGGUGUCAGAUUAUGUUCAGGAUCGCAUCAAGUCGCUGCGUGCCUCUGAACCUGGCAGCUACCAGAACAUCGCCUGCCUUCGCAGCAAUGCCAUGAAGUAUCUGCCCAACUUCUUCUCCAAGGGACAGCUCAGUAAGAUGUUCUUCCUCUUCCCUGACCCUCACUUUAAGAAGACCAAGCACAAAUGGAGGAUCAUCAGUUCCACUUUGCUGGCAGAGUACGCCUAUACACUGAGAGUCGGGGGCUUGGUGUAUACCAUCACAGAUGUGGAGGAAGUCCACCUCUGGAUGGUGAAGCACUUCACUGAACAUCCUCUGUUUGCACGUGUCCCAGAUGAAGAGCUGGUGGACGAUGUCAUUGUAGGUCGUUUGGGUACGUGUACAGAGGAAGGAAAGAAAGUCCAGAGAAAUGGAGGGAAGAACUUCCUUGCAGUUUUCCGGAGGACUGAGGACUCACAUUGAGAUCGUCAUCAUGCAUGGAGGAUAACGGAUUCUGGGGUUUGUUCUCCCAGCAGAUGUACAGUGAUAUUUUGUCUUUCUUGCAUUUCCUUACAAACAUUUAGAGUAUUACCAGAAAAAAGACUUGUUUGAUUCUUUUUUUGUUGUUGUUUUUUUUAAAAAGCUUUUUCAUGUAAUUAAUAUAUUUCAUUCCUCACAAGAAAGAAUCCAAGAGUAGUAAAUCGUAAAUGGAUUUAGGAUUGACUUGUGUAUUGUGAAGCUUUCUUUUUAAUUAUUGCCUUUUUUAAUGAUGUUCUUCGGUUUCUUUUGACAAACUGUAUGAUGCUGUCUUGGAUUUCUUGUGAAGCUGUAAAGAUCUUAAAGUAAAACAACUACUCAGAA